AUGAACAUCUCAUGCCACCCUUUGCCUGUCAACGUCACCAAGUACUUUCAAAUCCCCAUCUAUUCUGUGGUGUUGGUGGUCGGGCUGCCUCUCAACAGCUUGGCGCUUUGGGCCCUGAGUCACCAGAUGAAGAGGUCCGUCAUCCUCUCCGUUUACAUCGCAAACCUGAUGCUGGCCAACAUCUUGCAGACCCUGACGCUCCCUUUAUGGAUGUACUACAGUUACCACGGUCACAAAACCAGCCUCGGGAAGGAGGUGUGCGCAGCGGCCGGCCUGGCGUUCCGCACCAACUUCUACGCCAAAAACAACUUCUUGUGCCUCAUCGCCAUGGAGCGCUAUUUCGGCCUGGUCCACCCGCUCAGAUUCCACAGGCUGCAGACCAUGCGUGGCGCCGCCAAAGUGAGCGCCGUUUGUUGGCUCCUGGUGGCGGCUUUCUGCGCCGUCGGCAUCGGGAUACAGAUCAGAGGUCAGGGGCCAGAGGAGCAGCAGCCGCAGGAGCGCUGCCUGGAUAGCUCCAGGCUGAACUAUCAAUACGCCCAGUUUAGGGUGAGCAUCACCAUCUUCUCUUUCUUUAUACCAUUCCUGCUCAUGGGGUUCUUCUUCAGGGUCCUUUUCGAACUCAGGAAAGUGGCCUCUCUGGGGCAGAAAACAAAAAGGCAGAUCUACGGCUUCAUCUCUCUCACGGUCGUCACCUUUUUCGUCCUCUUCACUCCUCACCAGGUGACUACGUAUUACAGGUAUUUGUGGGAAGUGAUGCUGCACGGGAGGGCGGUUGAAAGCUGUGACUUGGUGAGGAAGGUCUUCAUCUACCAACGCACAACUUUGUUCUUCACCACCUUGGGCAACAUCUUUGACCCUCUUUUGUACAUCCUGCUCCUCAAGGAUAUCCGGGCAGAGUUCAGAUACACCUUCACUUUCAAGGCUCGCAGGGCAGGAGUCUCAAACAAGUCAGGAGAACAGCAAGGUUUUCCUCCGUGCUUUACCGCCGGUAGACAGAUGCAAAGCCAGCUUGGGCACAGGACGUACCCGACUAACGCUCCACGUGCAAAGUAUGAUGGCUGA